CCUUCGGUUCGUAACGCGUCUUUGAAAAUGGAAGUUGAAUCGACGAGAAUUACUGUACCUAAAAGUGGGAAAAAAAGGAAAAGAGCGAACAAAAAUAAAAAGAAGCAAAAAUUACAACCGAUUGAAUCCGAUAAUGAAGAAACUAGGAUAAACAAAAAGCCAAAAAUUAAUGAGAAAUUACUACAGAGUGAAUCCGAGAAUGAUAAAUUGCAACAGAGUGAAUCCGAUAAUGAUAAAAUGCAACAGAGCGAAUCCGAUAAUGAAAAAACUAGUAUAAACGAAGAGCAAAAAAUUGAUGAUUCAAAUGUAAUCGAUGGCUUAAAUCAUGUACCAGAAAUUGAAACUAUAAAUAAUCUCGAAGACAAGAUUAAUUAUGAUUUUGAAGCAUUAGAUGUUUCAGAAUUAACCAAAAAAGCCAUCAGAGAUAAGGGCUUUACUCGAAUGACUGAAAUUCAGGCUAGAGCUAUACCACCUUUAAUGGCUGGUCAUGAUGUACUGGGAGCCGCCAAAACUGGAUCUGGAACCGGUGUAAUUAUAAUUUCUCCUACAAGAGAAUUAGCUUUACAGAUUUUUGGGGUGACAAAGGAUUUAUUAAAAUAUCAUAAUCAAACAUUUGGUAUUGUAAUGGGAGGUGCUAAUAGAAGUGCAGAAGCCCAAAAACUAGAGAAAGGAGUGAAUUUGUUGAUUGCUACGCCAGGGAGAUUAUUAGACCAUCUUCAGAAUACUAAGGGUUUUGUGUACAGAAAUCUCAAAACUCUUAUAAUAGAUGAAGCUGAUCGUAUAUUAGAAAUUGGAUUUGAAAAUGAAAUGACACAGAUUAUAAAGAUUCUCCCGAAAGAAAAUCGGCAGUCAAUGCUUUUUUCUGCUACACAAACAACAAAAGUUGAAGAUCUAGCACGAAUAUCCUUGAGGCCAGGGCCAUUAUAUAUAAAUGUUGACAGAGAAAAGGAGACAUCUACCGUAGAUGGUCUUGUUCAAGGCUAUAUUGUUUGCGACAGUGACAGGCGAUUCUUACUUCUAUUUACAAUUCUUAAGCGUAAUAUCAAAAAGAAAGUCAUUGUGUUCUUUUCGAGUUGUAAAUCUGUCAAAUAUCAUGCAGAGUUAUUGAAUUAUAUCGAUGUCCCAGUUUUGGAUUUACACGGCCAACAAAAACAAACUAAGCGAACGAAUGUCUUUUUUGAAUUUACAAACGCUGAUCAUGGUAUUCUCCUUUGCACCAAUGUCGCCGCUAGAGGGUUGGACAUCCCUGCGGUUGACUAUAUCAUUCAGUAUGAUCCACCGGAUGAUCCACGUGAUUAUAUACAUCGGGUUGGAAGGACAGCUCGUGCCGGUUGUCAAGGAAAGAGCCUACUGUUUUUAUUACCAAGUGAGCUUGGAUUUUUACGGUAUCUUAAACAUGCCAAAGUUCCAUUGAACGAAUUUCAAUUUCAAGACAAUAAAGUAUUUAAUGUUCAAUCUCAGUUGGAAAAACUUAUCGAAAAGAAUUAUUAUUUGCAUCAAUCAGCACGCGAUGGAUUCCGAUCUUAUUUGACUGCUUAUGCUUCUUAUUCACUUAAAUCGAUUUUUGAUAUAAAUAAGUUGGACCUUCAAAAGGUCGGGAAAGCAUUUGGGUUUCAAAUACCCCCAAGAGUGAAUAUUAAUAUUGGUGCUAACCCAAAAGAAUCUAAAAAACGACGUAGUGGAUCCAGUAAUGGACAUAGUAAAAACUCGGAUAUCAAAGCGCAUUUUGUAAAGCAAAGAAACAGCGCACUGAAAAAUGGUGAUAAACAAUGGAGUAGAUAA